AUGGGUAGGGCAUUCCCCUUAACCUUAACUGGGCACGCUCGGGCCUGGUUUAAUGGUUUACCCGAAACAUCAAUUUCUUCAUUCAGGCAGUUAAAAACAGAGUUCAUAAAGGCAUUCAUUAUUAAUAGUCAAAGGAAGAAAGACACAACAUACCUUCUUAGCAUUCGGCAAGGGCAUAGGGAAACCCUACGUCACUACGUGGACAGAUUUCUGAAUGCCACGCUUGAGAUUUGCAAUUUGCCUAUAGAAAUGGCUGUGUCCGCUAUGUUCCAAGGAACACGACUACCCCCUUUGCAAGAAUCAUUGUCUCUAGACCCGCCGAAGUCUUUAGCAGACCUGUUCGUCAGAGCCAAUAAUUACAUACUCCACACAGAAAUGAUGAGAACAAUAGGGGGGAAUGAAGAUGGAGAAAGGAAAAGAAAAGAGCGAGAUAAUGAAGAAGGACUGAAUCAGCGAAAAGAACGAACCAAGAGGUCAGAUACGGUUAGACCACAAUUUCAUCAUUGCACUAGGCUCAAUCAACCCCGGUCAACUAUACUGGCAGCAGUAAAGGGGUCGGGCCUUCUCCAGCUUCCGAAAAAGCCAGACCGUCCCAUGGGGAGAAAUCAAGAAGAAUACUGCAGAUAUCACCGGAUUCGAGGGCACUCCACUAACUAG